UGCCGCUUAUGUGUUGUACGAAGAUCAAAUUUAUACACAUUUUAUGGUUUAAUACAGAAAUAUGUACUUGGAAAAAAUGUUUACAGUGCUAUUUAUUAUAACGACCAAUGGCCUCAAUGCAAUAAAGGCUUAUACUGUGGAAGAAUGUAGGGUUAUAAAGACAUCAGUACAAUGUUGCGUAAUAAAUGGACCACCGACAGAUCCAGACACAAUUGACGAUGUAAGGAAAUGUUUUGAGGACAUUCCCAAAACGGAUACACAAAAUUGUGACAUCGACAUAUGUGUAGCACAGACAAAAGGUUAUGUGACACCAGAAAACCAAAUAAACAAGGAGGUAUUAGACGAAGAAGUUGCUUAUAGCUUUGAUCAUAUACCGACUUUGCUGAAACCUGUAAAGGAAAAUUGUGUCUAUGGUGAUUUGUCGAGAUUUGGUUCAGCCUGUGAGUUCAUUCUUACUAGGCGAUGCAUUCAUUUACAUAUGAUAGCGUUCUGCCCGGAAUGGAAAAGUGACGAAAUGUGCGAGUAUCGACAGACAAGAGCACUAAAGUGCGUUGAAGAGAUGGACAACUACACCCAAGCUGACAUGGACAAGUUUUGGGGAAAUUAAUGGUUAUCAAGCAUAACAGCAUAACA